AUGAAUACUAAUAAAAUAGCUCAAAAUGUUAUUUCCGCAGUGUUUAUGACGUCAAUUGUGUUAAACAUGACUGCCUGUUAUAUAAUUCUAACGAAAGUAAAACGAAAAGAGCUAACGCAUUUGUUUGUUGUCAGCAUUUCUAUUACGAAUUUAUUAGAAUCGACGAUUGGAUUAACACCUCAAUUAGUAAUGGCCGCUGAAUAUUUAGUGGAAAGUACUCCGUUAUGCAUCGCAAGCAGUUUUGCAGCUUUUGGUUUUGCUAUUACCAAUAUAACUCAUUUGGCAAUGCUUUCUUUUAUUAGAACUGUUGCAAUAAAAUACCCGAGGCAAUAUUUAAAAUAUCAUAAAAUGUUUUUGUGCAGAAUAACAUUAAUUUUUGUAUGUUAUGCGUACGGUUUUUUUUGGGCAACGCUUCCUAUUAUUGGUUGGUCAAAAUAUGAACUAGAUCUUGAUAAGAAACGUUGUUCGUUGGACUGGAAAUUGACAAAAUCAAACUCUUUUUCUUUUAUUUUAACUAUUUUUAUUUGUUGCAAUAUUUUACCUGGAAUAGUCAUUGCCAUAUCGUUAUAUUUUAGCACAAAAGAAAUUCGAUACCGAAAGGCACGAAAAUUUCCUCAAAACACUAAAACAAAUCUUUUAGAAAAAGAGUAUUUACAAGUUUGUUUUUUAUCAGCGGUUGCAUUUUUUUUCUUUUGGAUAUCUUACAUUAUUGUUGGUGUUUUGACAUUGCUAAAAAUUGAUAUACCAACACAGUUGGCAACAACCACCGCUCUGUUUUCAAAAUUCUCUACUGUUUCUAAUGUUCUUGUUAAUUGUUACGCAGUUAAAUCCUUCCGAAAACAGCUGCUAAACGUAAAGGUAAUUCAAAAUAUGAAAGCUUAUCUUCGCGUAUUGAUUGUUUGCAAAAAGAUUUAAAGUAAAUAUCAUACUACCUAUGUAUAACUAUAAUAAUUAAUAAAGAAAGUAAUGGUGAAUUUCAUUAAGUUUAACUAUAAAACUAUUUUGACAGAAUUUCGAUACUUUAAAAGAUUAAAAAGAAAAUGCAUAAUUUAAGUUUGUCAGGCUUCAACUCAUAAAUCUCAU